GACUGUAUAAAAAAAGUUUCCUACCAGUAUGAAAAGCAAAAAUUGUUCUCAUGACGUUCAGGGUUCAGAUAAGCAUUGUGGAAUAUGUGGGGAAGAAGUUGUAUUGGAAUCAGAAAUAAGUACGAUGAAAAAUUGUCCAAGUUGUAAUGACCUCCAGAACCCAAAUGUACUGUCUUGUACAAAAUGUCAAAUACAGCUAAUAAUUUGCAUACAAAAAAAAAAAGAUGGCAGCAAUUGUGAGGCUUUUAUAGCAGAAAAACAGAACUUUUGCAAAGAAUGUGGGAAACCAGUUAAAAGAGAUGAUGAAUUAGACAGUAGAAAACAAACACAAGUUACACAACCUAUAGUAAUUGCAGGACCCAUGAGGUUACCAAAAGAAAAUAAUACUGAAACAGGAGAUGUUGCUAUUGGCAAUAACAAUCAAAAUGUUGAUGGUCCUAAAGUAAAAGAGGAAAUUGAUUCAAGGGAACUGAAGAGAGAGGCUACUACCAAGAAAUGUGCAACUCGAGGACUAGCAGUUAUCUGUACCCAUCAGAAAUUCCGAACUGAAAAGUAUGACGUGACAGAUAGAGACAUUGCUCCAAUUGAUAAUGAUCUGAUGGCUGAAGUAUGGGAGUUGUAUGGAUGUGAAAUUCUUCGCUUUAAGGAUGGAACAAAGGAAUUUUAUAUGAAGAAAUUAAUAUCUGAAAUUGAGGAUAAAUUGAAAGAAAUUGGCAGUAUUGAUUACUUUGUUUUCGUUUUGAGCACCCAUGGAGAAGAAGUUCAUGAAGUAUUGAAAAAGAAAAGAGAAAAUAUAGUCAAUAUAAAGGAUAACAGUGGUGAAAAAGAACAGAAAACAGAAGAGGAGGAAUACAUAUAUGUACAUCAGUAUCACCAUUACUUUUAUACAAAGGAUGAUCGCUAUAAAACUCAGGACAUUAUUGAGGCAAUAGGUGAUUUAAAGGAUUUAAAAGGAAAAACUAAAAUGUUCUUUAUACAGGCUUGUAGAGGAAGGGCAGGGGUUAAAGAAGAGAAUCUAGAUUUUGGUCACGAUGUGGCAGUAGUGCAGAGUAGAGAUGAACAGUCAAACCAUAAGAAUGAGGGUGUAGAUAAAAAAGAUGCCAUUGGCUGUAUGCCAGAGGAAGAAAAUAAUAUAGAGCCUGACAAUGUGGAAGAGAUUCCUACUACACUAACAGAACUCCAUUGUGAUGAUUGUGUGGUAGCGUUUGCUUCUAUGUCAGGAAAGUAUGCUUACCGUAAAGAGAAUGAUCCAAAUCAGGGAAGUUGGUUGUUAAGAGCCUUACAUACCACAAUGAUUGAGAAUAACAAACUGGAAGACACUGUUCACAUACUAAAUAUACUUACAGGAGUCAAUAGGGAAGUUAGUAUUAAAGAAGCAUGUACAAAAGGCUACAAGAUGCAACUAAAAGCACAAUCUUGUUUUCUCCACAAUUUGACUUGUAGUGAUGAAACAUUGCAAUUUAGAUUUCAGUCUUCACCAACAAGUGCAUAACCAACUAAUGAUAGAUUUUAUAGAAUAAGUAUCAGAUUUCUGAAACUAUGUUCAUGUACAUGUUAGUUUUAUUUAAUCUUUUGAGAGAGCCUGUUUCAAAACAAAGUUUUAAAUCACUCUGAUCAAAUAAUUAACUGUAAUUUACUGAAAAGAGAGAAUGUUCUAGAUUUAAAUGUUUUUAGUGUUAUAAAAAAAAAAAAAAAAAGCUAAUUAUCAGAUUCAUUUACAUGAUAAACAAACAUGUAAAACCAAUCAAAUAAUGAUUAUCACAGAAAUUUAUCUAUAUAUCUAAUUUACACCCUGGUAUAUAUAUCAUAUUUGUUCUUAAUAGUAAUUUUAGUUUGGAGAUCUAUCCCAAGCAUUAAAAAAAAUGAGAAUGGAAAUGGGGAAUGUGUCAAAGAGACAACAACCCGACCAAAGAGCAGAAAACAGCCCAAGGCCACCAAUGGGUCUUCAACACGGCGAGAAAUCCCGCACCUGGAGGCAGGCUUCAGCUGGCCCCUAAAAACUUCUUGCCAAAAGGGAUUUUUUACAUGUUUACUUAGUCCUACAUAAUGUAGUUCUAUUAAUUUAAUUUUUUCAGUAACUUACAAUAAUUAUUAGUUUGUUUAAUAAUCUUACUUAUCCAAGUUAAUUUUAACCCUUUAUAUUUUGUUUUAAGUUCAACAUGUUAUUUCCACCCAAAUCAUAUUGUCAGGUUACCCAUUUCAAAUAAAAGAAAAUGAAUGAUUUUAAGUAAACCAUUGUUUGGAUUUGGUAAUGUUAAAAAUAAGUGAUUAAGCUUUAAAAUUAUAAGACUUUUAGAAUUUUUCUAACUGGAGAUACUUACUUUAUUGACCAACUCUUUAUUGUUCUCGCAAUCUCUCUAACUUUACGUCCAUAAUUUACAUUUUAUAUUUCUUGCAAAUCAACUGAAUUUUAUACCUAGGAGCGUACAGCUUCUGCAACCCCACUACAAUCCCCACUUUACAAACAUUGUAUCUUGGCUAUAUUUCUUUUUCCCAAUCCAUGCUACCUUUUUAGCUCACCUAGCCCAAAGGGCCAAGUGAGCUUUUCUCAUCACUUGGCGUCCAUCCUCAUCGCCCUUUACAAAAAUCAUCUCCUCUGAAACUGCUGGGCCAAAUUCAUCCAAACUAGGCCACAAUCAUCAUUGGGGUGUAUAGUUUUAAAAAAUGUGUCCGAUGACCGAUGACGAUGAUGAUGUGCCUGCCAAACAAGAUGGCCGACAUGGCUAAAAAUAGAACAUAGGGGGUAAAAUGCAAGUUUUGUCUAUCAUUUUGAAAAUCAUUAUAAAUAGAGAAAAUCUGACAGGGGCAGAAAUGUUCAGAAUAUUGAGCUCUACCAAUUGUUUAUAUACAUCAAAUCUGUCAGACGACUUAUAGGAGUUAUUGCCCUUAAAUGACAAAUUUUACAAUUUUUUUUCAUUUUUGCCUAUUAUCUUGAAAACUAUAAUAGACAGAGAGAAACUUUAAAUUGCAAAAAUGAUCAGCAAAACAAGUUAUACAUACAUGGUCGAAAUCGUCAGUCGACUCCUUAUUUGAGUUAUUGCCCUUUGAUGACGAUUUUUACCAAUUUUUGCGUUUUUGCCUUAUAUCUUUAAAAUUAUAAUAGAUAGAUAGAAACUUAAAUUAGCAAAAAUGAUCAGCAAGACAAGAUCUACAAUUUAGAGAAAUGGAAGAAAUCGUCGGACAACCAACUCCUUAUUGGAGUUAUUGCCCUUUAAUGACAAUUCUUACCAUUUUUUUGCGUUUUGCCUUAUAUGAUAAAAAUUAUAAUAGAUAAAUAGACACUUUUAAUCACAAAAAUGAUAAGCAAGGCAAGAUCUACUAACAAGUCAAAUUUUGCCGAUAUAGUUAUUAGACUGUCACUCUUUAUAGGAGUGCUUGCCCUUAAAUGAGGAUUUUUUUUUACCCUCUUUUGUGUUUUGAGCAAAUUAAAGAAGAUAGAGAGAAACUAAACAGACUAAAUGAUCAGCAAUCCAAGAUCAACAAAACAGAGAUUUUUGUCAUGAAUUCUAUUCUCGUCUACAAUGUUUGAGAGUGUCCUUUGUUGAAUAUGCACACAGACCAAGGUGAGCGACACAGGCUCUUUAGAGCCUCUAGUUUUCUAAAUUCAUCAAGAGACCAGACCAUUCAUCAUAUAAUUCUAAAAUACAAAGAGAUGUAUCUAAAGCUUGUGGUGACCAUCUAAAAUAAGUUGUGUCAUAAGCAUAUUGUGAUAUCAAAAAUUCUGAGUCUUCAAUUGUAAUACCUUUAAUAUUUUUUGUUUUUUCUUAGAAGUAUCCCUAAAAUUUCACCACAUUACAAAGAAAUGUAAAGAGAUAAAAAAUGUCAAAAUUAUUUUGUUAUAAGUAUAUGAUAAGUAAUGAAGUAUGAAAAAAACUGCAUUUGUGGAAAUAAAGUAAUAACUAAUUAAGUAAUGCUAUGUAUUUGCACACUUUUUUACGUGAACAAUUUUUUAGUUAUCUAUACAUGUAUCAUUUUACAUUAAUCAACAUCGAAAUGGUUUCUUUUUGAACAUGUCUUAUAGGUCUGCAAAAAGAGUCCUAAUUUUUAUAUAAGUCAGAAUAGAGAUAUUUCAUGUCAGAUAUGGUUUCUUUGAGAUUUAUACGUGUGUAAUGCAUAAUUUGUAAAACAAUUAAACACCUCUUUAUUCCUCGGCUUACAAUUGUAUGCAAACAAUGUAAUGGUGCUAUAAUUUUUGGUAAACUAUGGCUGCACUGAAUUAUUUCAUAAAUAAUUGAGGAUGCCAAAACCUUUGUUUUUUUUCUGAUAUUCAGUGAUGUAGAAGAUAGAAAAUAUAUUACUUGAUUAAGUCUUUUUUUUUUUUAGAAAAUCCAAAUUAUCAGUGUUUUUUUACAUAUUUUUGUAAAAUUGAUUUAAAGUUUUAAUAUGUAUUUUUGUUCUCUUAUUUAUUUUAAAUUUGCUGCUAAGAAAUUAUAAAUGUAAAUUUUUGAGAUUGGAUGAUCGUCUAGCAGAAACUUCAUUAAAUGCUUGUCAAUAUUUUCACAAUCUAAUUGCAAUCAUACAGAACUUAAUGUUUUCAUUCCCUCAGACAUUUUUGUCUCGUCUGCAACGAAAGUCGCGGAAAGCGAGACAAAGGGAUUGCUAUUCCGGCGACAGAUCAGGCUCUGGCAUCAACAAUUGUUAAGUUUUCUGCUUAAGUUAGUUUGAUAGGAACUACUUGUGAUAGAUCAUUGAUAUUUAAUAUAAAAUUGCAUUACUAUCAGUACAUAUCAGUUUGAUGACUAUUUUGAGGCCCUGCCCCCUAGAACAUGGUCCAGUGACUUUGAAUUAAUUAGCAGUUUUCAAUGUUAAGUUUUCUGCUUAAGUAGGUUUGAUAGGAUCUACUUGUGAUAGAUCAAUAAUAUUUUGUAUGAAGUUGCAUUACUAUCCUAACAUAUCAGUUUGACGACUAUUUUGAGGCCCUGCACCCUGGGACAUGGUCCAGUGACUUUGAAUUAAUUAGCAAUUUUCAGUGUUAAGUUUUCUGCUUAAGUUAGUUUGAUAGGAUCUACUUGUCAUAGAUCAAUGAUAUUUUGUAUGAAGUUGCAUUACUAUCAGUACAUAUAAGUUUGACGACUAUUUUGAGGCCCUGCACCCUAGGGCAUGGUCUAGUGACUUUGAAAUAAUUAGAAAUAUUCAAUAUUAUGUUUUCUGCUUAAGUUAGUUUGAUAGGAUCUACUUGUGAUAGAUCAAUGAUAUUUUGUAUGAAGUUGCAUUACUAUCAGUUCAUAUCAGUUUGAUGACUAUUUUGAGGCCCUGUCCCCUAGGUCAUGGUCCAGUGACUUUGAAUUAAUUAGCAAUUUUCAAUGUAAAGUUUUUCUGCUUAAGUUAUAUAUUGAUAACAACUACUUACAAUAAACAACGAUAUUUUCUAUAAAGUUACAUUACUGUAUGAACAUCUCAGUUUGUCUACAAUUUUCAGGCCCUGAUCAUGGUUGAGUGACUGAAUUAAUAAGCAAUGUUGCUGUCCAUCAGAUUGUCUUUAUCUGAAUUUUAUGCCGAUAGGCAAGACAUAUCUGUCAACAGUUUAUUAUUGAUAUAAUUUAUAUUGUAAAUUGUAGCUAUCUAUAAAGCAGAAAGCUUUCCCAUUCACUAGAAAACUAGAUUUUUUUUCUCUCCAUCAAGUAUACAUUCUGUCCUCUGCAUUUGAUAAUCAUUUUUAUUUCUGCAGUUAUGAAAAAAACAUUUGGUGAUUUAAAAGAUUUAUAUUAUCAGAUUUAUUUCUUGUAAGUCUUUAGUGACAUAAAUUUACAACAAGUGUUUUAUAUGUGCCUGGGUUUGAAGGCUCAUGGCAUGUUGUGUUUUGUAUACUGUAGUUUGUCUUUUGAUCGUUUUUCAUAUUUUGCCAUGGCAUUGCCAGUUUGUUUUUGACUUAUGAGUUUGAAUAUCUCUUUGGUAUCUUUCGCCUCUCUUAUUAUUUUUACAUGCUCCAAAUAACCCGAAUGUUGGGUUAACAUUUGUGGGUACUGUG